UUUUUUUCGUUAAAUUCCAGAUUUUGGGAUAUUAACGCCCCAAACACCAGUUUAUGGAGUAGUACCCUUUUAUUUUGUACCUUACGUUUAGGUGUGUUGGUUUGGGUACUACCCGUCCAUUUUGUAAUGGGAUUUUAGCCUCCAGUAUGGAAAGCUAUUGCGAAGAACCACCAUUCACACUCUUCCAGCUUUGUUUUGUAGCUGCCUUGCAGACGUUUCGCAGCCGAUUUUGUUGGAAGCCAACACUUCCCUUUGACAAAAAAACCUGAUGUGAACAGG